AUGGACGCCGCGCUCUGGGAGCACCAGCGAGAGAUUGCAGCUGUAGCUCGGCAUCGUAGCGUAUCAAUAAGCAGUAUGCAGCCGGUAGGAAAGACAUUUGUAAGCUGUACGUUGUUAUGUGAAGCUGCUGCGUCUAAUCCUCAGCAGCUGGCGCUGGCAGUAGCUGCAUCACCAUCAAAACGCUCGACAUUACAGACUCAACUCGCAAGAUUGUGUGGACUACGCGUACUUUGCAGUGAUGAAGCUGUAUUAUCACCAGAGAUGAAGUCGAACAAGUGGCUGGAUGAUGUUGAAUUUGUUCGUUAUGAGCUCGAAGCUGCUCGUGGCCAGAUCACGAUCCUUUCGCCAUUAAUUCUUCAAGAAACGCUGCGCAGAGGAGAUAUUGAGCUAAAAGAUGUCGAGCUAUUGGUGAUAGAAGACUGGGACCUGGUGCAUGCUGAGCUACCAUCUUUUUUCAAGCUCUUAACGGGUCUAAUGGACAAGAUACCGAGUACAGACAUGACGCGGCUUUUUACAACGACAAGACUAGCAGCAUCAAAAAUGGACUGGAAUCCAGUCACGAAUCCACUGUUGAAGUAUAUUAGCGUAUUUCAUAUGCUGCCAGUGUUCUCGUCAAUGUCCAUGGAGCCAAAAUUCCCGCCGUUGCACUGUGAGGUGUUUUCAAAUAACGUGGAGAAUGAAGAGGAGCAAGAAGUGAGUGUACGAGAUUUCUUGCUCGGUGCAAAUAGUAAAAAAGUAGACUUAGUUCAUGUGUUCCGACUUGAGCUUGAGCUUGGAAACUCUGCAGCGGUGUACGAUGAGCGCAAAAAGCAAGAGAAGGUGAAUAGGUUCAUUCAGGAUGCCGAAGCAGUGAAAGAGCAUUUAGGACAAUGGUGUUUGUGGAAGUUUGUGGAGCUGGAACUGCAAGUCAACUUGCAAGCUUGCAUUGUUGACGACUCAGACAAUGUGAAUAAUCGAAAACGAAAGCAACAGGAUGAUACAGUCGAGGUUGAUGAUCCCAUGAAUGAAGAUCGUGUUGAUAACGGUGCCGUAUAUGAGCCAGAAGAUGGAGAGGUGGACAGUAGUGACAUAAAAAGCGAGACAAUGGAUGUCAGCAGUUGUGAAGCAAGCGCUGACCAAGUGGAAAGACACACAAAGACAGACCGCUUGAUUGCCAGAUUUAUUGGAGCGAAUGCUGAGGUAGACGAAAAGACGAGACAGAAAAUCCGACCUAUUUUGAGUGUCCUCUUGUGGCUGUCUGUACAGUUGAAGCUCUGCGGGACGCUGAAGGCCUCGCCACGGCUAUUGAAGACUACCGAGGUGGUUCGAAAUCGUUUCACCAAUUCUCCAGGGGAAAAACAAGUCCGAGCUUGGGUAUUUGUCGAGAGGCGAUGUCAUUGCCGCGUUGUUGCUGAGUAUAUGACUACUGCUUUAGCAGAUCUGGGUAUACCACCAAGCUGUUGCAUGCUAGGUAGUAGCAACGCUCGUAUAUCUGGAGCACUUCGGUUUUCAUCGUUUCUUAGGGUGAUACAAAUGUUCACGGACUUUGAAACGAAGAUCAUGGUGACUACGUCUGUAUCCAAGAGCUCGCAGAGGAUGCGCCUGGCUCCGCCACUAUGCGAUCUCGUCGUGGUCAUGAAUGAACUACUAGAAGCUAACAAACUUUUUGAAUUCGGUAAUCGAGCAGAUCCCAUACGCGGCUUUAUCAAGUAUAUUACUGAAGAUACAGUGCUCGCUCGAAAGAAAUUUGACGAUCUCGUCCGCAAAAUGCAGAAGUAUAUUCGUCUGGAGCAAGAAAGCAGCCAAAUCCACGUUGCAGCAUCAACAUCUACUGGUAUAAAUGGUAGCCUGCAGAUGCCGCUUGCUCUAGAGGAAUCUGCAGCACGAAAUUCUUCGAGCUCCAUCUUGGCCUCGCUGCAGGCAGAACACCGGAUGUCGGUAAUUUCAAAACCAACUCAGCCUGUGGUGGGUCCGUAUGAGAUUAUCAAUCGUGACACCGGUGCCUUGCUGAACGUGACAAAUAGUUUGGUAUGUUUAAGCAAAUUCUGCGAUACGCUGCCAGGAUUAGAUACGUAUGAUCGUCGCCCGCAGUAUACAGUGAAGCGAAUCUCCAUUGCAAAGCCCAUAGCACCAUCGUUGAAACGGUCCAAAAAGAAGCUAUUAAAGUACAACGCAAAGCUGACUGACAAAAUUGAUGUGCUAAAAGCUGAGGCUGAGCAGCGAGCUAAAUUAACGACUGAGGAGGGUACUGACGAAAUUAAGGAUAGUGAUGAUGAAGAAUGCAAUACUGACUCUACCGACGUUCAAGAUAUGCGAUUUCGUUACUCAGCAACACUGAAACUCCCACGCGCUACGGGCGUUAAAAAACAGCUUCAUUCGCAGCAGGUUGAGACGCAAGACGAGGCAAAGGGAAUUGUUGCUUUUAAGGCGUGUCAAGAGUUAGUGAAAAGGGGACUGCUGGAUCGGCACUUUCGCUCAAAGCUUAUAGAUGACCAAGUAGCUACUAUUCAUACCGACGAAAAAGGCGCAGACACUAAUGAUGGCAAAAACGAGACUUCCAACUUUGAUGACACAGUCGUACUCGACGACGAAGACAAAGCCCCAGAAAGUCAACUGGGUGAUCUAUCGACGCAGUCAUCGUAUGACUUACCACCGGUAAGCGCGCUGGAAUUGAGUUUACGGCCGAUUCGAAGCCUGGCACAAGAAGCUGCCCGUAGUAGUGCAGAAGAUGAGGAGUGGUCGACAACAAUGUGCUUCUAUGGCCUCAUUGGUGCACGCUACGCAAUUCUGUCGACGAACGAGUUGUAUACUGGUAACACUAAUACGGGGUGGCGUUAUGAUUUUGCGACAAGUGGAGUGAUGUCACCGGAGAUCCAGCCAAUAACGCUAGCGAAGAGGCCUUUACAGCUCACUCUAACAAAGCAACAGCUGCACGAUGCACUGCACUUUCAUUUGGUGGUAAUGCGUCUGGCUUGUAUGGGUGUACAAGACGCAGUGCGUGAUGUCGACAUCGCAAGUGAUAAAGUGUGGAAUGAAUUUUCUGAACAAAACGACAAAGGAUACUUGGUUGUGCCUAGCCUGUUGGAUGAGACGACACAACCCUCAUCGCUGUCGUUAGACUGGGACUACAUUCGUGACAUCAUUGGGAAGCCACUACUCGAGCCAUUGUGGCCUUUACCGACCACAACUGCGACAGAGAGUCUAGCAAAUGCAGCGGACGAAUGGAUCUGCGUCCCGACAUAUCGCCUUAACGUUAGCUAUGUGGUUCAUGCUUUUACUGAUCGAAUGGUGAAAGAUAUUCGGAAGGAGUAUCUAGUAGACGAGCAAACGUGGGCGACCCACUUGAAGAAAGGAAAAUCAACGCCAGGAAAUCCCAUUCUGGGUCGGUGGCAAACUCGGCAACAGCUCGAAGAGGCCGACUCGGAUCAGCCGUUGAUUCACGGUAUUCAGGUUCCUCCUAUCGUCCCAAUUAUUCGACGGGUCAUGCAACGAAAUAACGACGAAGGAAGCAUAUCACAGUACAAAACCAAGUUUAACGAACGCUUGCUCAUCCCGCAGUACACUUCACGUCUUCGCCUGACGAAGAGCCGCUUUCUUGAUGCAAUGGGAUUGGUACCGCUUCUUUACGAGUUUGAGCGAAAAUGCCAAAUAUCACAUCUGAUGGGUAAAAUCGGGCUGGAGCUCGAUAUGGCACUUUUGGAUGAGGCUACCACAAAACCUGCGUAUGAACGACUUGAGAUCCUCGGGGAUACAUUCCUAAAACUCGAGACCUCGUGGUAUAUGUACGAGAAGCGGAAGGAUAUUUCACAAGAAGGUCAACUGACGCAGCUUCGUCGCGACAUCAUUCGCAACGAUAGACUCAAUCAGUUUGCGUUAGCGGCACGUCUUCACCACUAUAUUUUAUACCCGGCCGAAGUGGAACAGCACCCUUUCCAGUGCUGGAAGCCAUCGUGCAUGGGUAAGACGCCUGAUCCGGUGGUAGCUCCAUCGAAAUGGAUCGCCGACGUUCUAGAGGCAAUCACCGGAGCUGUCCUUGAGCACCCGUCUGCUAACUUUGCGCAACCUUUUUAUCCAGACUGCUUCCCCAACGAACUGUAUGACGCUGCUAUGACGUCGCGUGGGGGUGUUCAACGUCCGCUGAGCCUAAACUUCAAGGUGCCACAGUUUGAAGAUCUGCCCAAACGGUUCAUGCUUCUCCAACAACGACUGAAGUACACGUUUUGCAACAAGCGCCUCCUGCUGGAAGCUGUAACGCAUCCGUCUGUUGGUCAGCUUGUUCUGCAUAUUGACCAAAUGGAUGCUAGCGAUGCGUGUGCGAGUCGUGAGGACGGUGACAUUAAGGUAAUGUCGCGCACGGAAAAAAAGAAAAAGACGAUGUGGAAAGGAGACUACGAGCGACUGGAGUACCUUGGUGAUGCUUUGAUCGAGUACUUGACCCUGUCAUACGCAUUCCUCAUGUACGACAAAUGGUUGCCCGGAUCACUAUCACAAUGGAAAAGUGCAACGGUAUCUAACGAUGCCUUGGGCAAGACAGCGCUGGCAUGUUUUGGCGUUGACGAGUGUAUUUUUGCGGGGGCCGUCCGUAUUGACCGCGAGACGAUGGAACGCGUUAGUAAUAUUGAGCGAAAGUACGCCCGUCAUGAAGCGAGCACGGGUCUCAGCCCAACAUUUGAAGCUGUUGGUGUAUCCAGAAAGCCAAAGGUGAAAAGGAAGGGCGUCUCAUCUGGAGCAAAUAACCACUCGUUGCCGAAAAUAUUUGCGGAUGUUUUUGAAGCUCUUGUGGCAGCAGUUUUCUUGGACUCAGGUCGAGAUCUUCAGGUUAUUCGAGAUGUUUUUAUGGGACCGCUCCUUGAAACUGUAGGGCAGGAUGCUUACGCAUAUGUUUGUCAUGAAAGUGGGUUGUCCAUGGACAAUGCAGGUGAUGAGCUGAUGGAAGAUAUAAUGUUUUCAAGUGAUGAAGAGGAUGAUUAA